CCAGACGGACUUCAGUUCGUCCUCGGGCGCAGUGGAAGCGUAGCAAGCCACGCGUGGCCUUUACCAACCUGCACGGGAGAAGUUUUCACGCUGAGGAACUUCUGUCUUUCUUCAUUGCCGUUCUGACUUUUUUUUUCCCACUCGCAGACCUGAGAAAGAUCACUUUUAAGAAGUUGCUCAAGUCGCAGAUGGAAUAAACGCACCGAGAAAAACGCAUCAAGUGGAUUUUACGCACCUGCUUUCUCGUGCCUCAUUUAAAAAGGAAUAUUUUUGGCUCAUAUUUACCAGCUGGUUAAACCACCUAUAUUUGAUUUCACCACAUUUUUUGUGGUUAACCCUGCACAGCCCUGAUGAUGUGACUCUUUUAGGCAUACAUGAGGAAAAGCAGCUGGUAAAAAUGUUACAAGGCCGUUAAAUUUAUUGGAACGUGACCGCCGGAUAUGGACUUUCUCCGUAAUGAUUGCUGGAGAUCUGGUGAAUGAUUGACAGCACGCAGGACUCUGCCACAACUGGCUUUACCAUCUGAUAUCAACUUUAACCUUCAACAGGCUGCUUAGAACUUAUCUUGGAGAAGAUAAAGUUUCAGAUGAACUUGGGUUAAUUCAGCCCUGGUUUGUUGUAACUGAUGUAAAGACGUUACCCUGAUAACAGACUCAUUUCAUCCAUGGCACCAGCAGUGAGACUCACACCAUACAGCUUGAUGCUGUUCCUGCUUUUUGUGAUCUGGUCUCCUGGUUUCACAUCUGGAGCCUCCAAGGACCUUGUUUGUGAGCCUAUAACGGUUCCCAUGUGUAAAGGCAUUGGUUACAAUUUGACCUACAUGCCAAAUCAAUUCAAUCAUGACACCCAGGAGGAGGUGGGACUAGAGGUGCACCAGUUCUGGCCCCUGGUCCGCAUCCGCUGCUCUCCAGACCUGCUCUUCUUCCUGUGCAGCAUGUACACUCCGAUCUGCCUGCCUGACUAUAGAAAGCCUCUCCCCCCCUGCCGCUCUGUGUGCGAGCGGGCCAAACGAGGCUGCUCCCCCCUCAUGAGCCAGUAUGGCUUUGAGUGGCCGGAGAGGAUGAGCUGUGAGCAGCUGCCCCAACUAGGCGACGAGACUCUGUGCAUGGAUCAGAACAGCAGUGAGACUACCACUCUGGCUCCUCCGUUCCCAAAGUCCACCCCUAAAGUCAGAACCAGACCUCCAAGCCCUUCGCAGUGUGACAGGGAGUGCCGCUGCAGGGACCCCCUGGUCCCCAUCAAGCGAGAGUCCCACCCUCUGUACGGCAGAGUCCAAACUGGCCCUUUGCCGAACUGCGCCCAGCCCUGCCACCUGCCCUACUUCUCAGCAGAUGAACGAGCCUUCACCAGCUUCUGGGUGGGAAUCUGGUCAGUGCUCUGCUUCAUCUCCACAUUCACCACCGUAGCCACUUUCCUCAUUGACAUGGAGCGCUUCAAGUACCCAGAGAGGCCCAUGAUAUUUCUGGCCGCCUGCUACCUCUUCGUCUCCUUGGGUUACAUCAUCCGUCUGGUUGCGGGUCACGAGCGGGUGGCUUGUGGCUCCAGCGGCCUCGGUGGAAACCAGCUGCACAUCCUCUACGACGCUUCCGGCCCUGCUCUCUGCACCCUCGUCUUCCUGCUGGUGUAUUUCUUUGGGAUGGCCAGCUCCAUCUGGUGGGUGGUACUGUCAUUCACCUGGUUUCUCGCGGCGGGGAUGAAGUGGGGCAGCGAGGCCAUUGCUGGAUACUCGCAGUAUUUCCACCUGGCUGCAUGGCUCAUCCCUAGCGUCAAAUCUAUCGUUGUCCUUGCUCUCAGUUCCGUGGAUGGGGACCCUGUCGCUGGAAUCUGCUACGUCGGGAACCAGAGUCUGGAGAAUCUUAGGGGAUUUGUGAUAGCUCCUCUUGUGGUCUACCUCUUCACUGGCUCGCUUUUCCUGCUGGCUGGUUUUAUCUCUCUGUUCCGCAUCAGGAGCAUCAUCAAACAAGGUGGCACUAAGACGGACAAACUGGAGCGACUGAUGAUCCGCAUUGGGUUGUUCACAGUCCUGUACACGGUCCCUGCCACUAUUGUGGUGGCCUGCCUGGUCUACGAGCAGCACUAUCGACCCGGUUGGGAGCGAGCUUUGGCCUGCUCCUGCCUGUCGGAACGCCAGCGCUCGGGCUUUGGCCCAGACUAUGCUGUCUUCAUGCUCAAGUACUUCAUGUGCUUAGUGGUGGGCAUCACAUCCGGAGUCUGGAUUUGGUCGGGAAAAACUCUGGAGUCCUGGAAGAGAUUUGUGGCCAGAUGCUGCCCCUGCUGGCCUCAGAAGGUUACUGCACCACCUUCCAUGUACAGUGAAGCCAGUACAGCCUUAACUGGGCACACUCGAACUGGGUUAACAUCAGGGAUCUAUCAGAAAGCCCCUCCUUCGCAUAUAUGAAGUCUGUGGCACUACCCAACAUUUUAGAGACACUAAAUGUGAUUGUGGACAAGAACCGGAACUCUCUGUUUGCGUCGUUUUGCCCCAAAUAUAAAUUAUAAACAAUGUACUAAACAGAAAGAUUCAAAGCACGCAGAAUGGGUAAUAACUGUUCAACGAAAAGUGAAAAGAAUAUGUUUGAGGCUCUGAAUAUUGAGAAAAUCUCUAUAAGUGAAUUUUUUGCACUGCAGCUGAGACACUUGACCAAAUCGACUCUCUGUGAACAAAACAAGGCGAUACUCCCUGAGGCAGACAGAUAUUCAAGCACUGGAAAAAUAAAAUAUAUAUAUAUAUUUAUUGAUGUACAUACUUCAAAUAUUUGUUGUAAAGAAAAAACAUGAGUUCAGUUUCUGUUAAAAAAAAGUUGAUGGCCAAGUUAUGUAAAGGAGAAAUUGUCCAUAAAUGUGACGUGUUGGCUCUGUUUGAGUUGUGGUGCUCUGAAUAUUGUUGGAGAUUCAUUACUGUGACUGGAAACUUCAUUUGUUUUGUCUAUAUAGUGCGCUCUAACACAUCCUCUUUAGUUCUGUGAACUCAUUAAAGUGUCUUUGUGAAAGGAGA